AUGCAUGCUGUGGACAGUCCUGAGGUGCAGGAGCUGCGAGAGCUGGGGAGCGGAGCCUGGGACAACCCUGCAUACAGCGGGCCCCCUUCCCCGCAUGGGACCCCGAGCAUCUGCACCAUCUCCAGGGCGGGGCCCACCCUGCUCCAGCCUGAGAAGCCUGAAGAUGGACCCCAGGAGAAGGUGCCCGGGGCCCUGGGGUCCAGAUGCUGCCUUCACAUCUGUCGCGCCAUCAGAGGGCUCUGGGGAACGAGGCUGACUGAGAACACGGCUGAGAACCGGGAACUUUAUGUCAAGACCACGCUGCGGGAGCUGUUGGUCUACACCGUGUUCCUGGUGGACAUCUGCCUACUGACCUACGGUAUGACGAGUCCCAGCGCCUAUUACUACACCACGGUGAUGUCUGAACUCUUCCUGCACACCCCGUCGGCCGCUGGAGUCUCCUUCCAGACCAUCAGCAGCAUGGCGGACUUCUGGGACUUUGCCCAGGGCCCGCUCCUGGAUGGUUUGUACUGGACCACAUGGUACAACAACCAGAGCCUGGGCCACGGCUCCCACUCCUUCAUCUACUACGAGAACCUGCUGCUGGGGGCCCCGCGGCUGCGGCAGCUGAGGGUGCGCAAUGACUCCUGCGUGGUGCACGAGGACUUCCGCGAGGACAUUUUGAGCUGCUAUGAUGUCUAUGAAGAGCGGCUCCCCUUUGGGCCCCUCAACGGCACAGCGUGGACGUACCACUCGCAGGACGAGCUGGGAGGCUCCUCCCACUGGGGCAGGCUCACAAGCUACAGUGGAGGUGGCUACUACCUGGACCUGCCAGGAUCCCGCCAGGCCAGUGCAGAGACACUCCGGGACCUUCGGGAGGGGCUGUGGCUGGACAGGGGCACUCGGGUGGUCUUCAUUGACUUCUCGGUCUACAACGCCAACAUCAAUCUUUUCUGUGUUCUGAGACUGGUGGUAGAGUUUCCGGCUACCGGAGGUGCCAUCCCAUCCUGGCAAAUCCGCACGGUGAAGCUGAUUCGCUACGUCAGCAACUGGGACUUCUUUAUCGUGGGCUGCGAGGUCAUCUUCUGCCUCUUCAUCUUCUACUACGUGGUGGAGGAGAUCCUAGAGCUGCACAUCCACCGGCUCCGCUACCUCAGCAGCGUCUGGAACGUACUGGACCUGGUGGUCAUCUUGCUGUCUAUCAUGGCCGUGGGAUUCCACGUAUUCCGAACCCUCGAGGUGAAUCGGCUAAUGGGGGAGCUCCUGCAGCAGCCAAACACCUACGCCGACUUCGAGUUCCUCGCCUUCUGGCAGACACAGUACAACAACAUGAAUGCUGUCAACCUCUUCUUUGCCUGGAUCAAGAUAUUCAAGUACAUAAGCUUCAACAAAACCAUGACGCAACUGUCCUCCACGCUGGCCCGCUGUGCCAAGGACAUCCUGGGCUUCGCUGUCAUGUUCUUCAUCGUUUUCUUCGCCUACGCCCAACUCGGCUACCUGCUUUUUGGGACCCAAGUGGAAAAUUUUAGCACUUUCGUCAAGUGCAUUUUUACUCAGUUCCGGAUAAUUCUUGGGGACUUUGACUACAACGCUAUCGACAAUGCCAACCGCAUCCUGGGCCCUGUCUACUUUGUCACCUACGUCUUCUUUGUCUUCUUCGUGCUUUUGAACAUGUUCCUGGCCAUCAUUAAUGACACCUACUCGGAGGUCAAGGAGGAGCUGGCUGGACAGAAGGAUGAGCUGCAGCUUUCUGACCUUCUGAGACAGGGCUACAACAAGACUCUACUAAGGCUGCGUUUGAGGAAGGAGCAGGUGUCGGACGUGCAGAAGGUCCUGCAGGGUGGAGAGCAGGAGGUCCAGUUUGAGGAGUUCACCAACACCUUGAGGCAGCUGGGGCAUGCAGAGCAUGAGAUCUCUGCCUUCGCCAGGUUUGACCGGGAUGGGAAUCACAUUUUGGAUGAGAAGGAGCAGGAACAAAUGCGACGAGACCUGGAAGAGGAGAGGGUGGCUCUCAACGCUGAGAUUGAGAACCUGGGCCGGUCCAUUGUGAGUAGCUCACCAGGAGAGUCGGACCCAGAGGCUGCCAGUGCUGGUGGCUGGGUCUCAGGAAAAGAAUUCUAUAGGCUCACCAGGAGAGUUCUGCAGCUGGAGACCGUCCUGGAAGGAGUCCUGUCCCAGGUUGACACUGUGGGCGCAAAGUUGAAGAUCCUGGAGAGGAAGGGGUGGCUGGCUUCCUCUCCGGGUGUGGAGGAAGAAGCGGUCUGGAAACACCUGCAGCCAGUCCCAGCUGUGACUCCAGCUCCGUGGGGAGUCAGGGUUGGGCAGGAGAGCAGAGGAGGAGCCCUGAUGCACCACACAGUAGGCUCCUCUCUCCCUGCCCCCCGGGAGGCCACCUCUCCACACACCCUCCACUUCUAGGGUGGCAGGUCCAUCACGGCUGCUGCCGAGUCGCCCCGGUGUCCGGUCUUGUGCCACAAUGUUUCUGCAUGUAGCUGGGCAUCUUGCGUAGACUUGUCACUUGGGUUUCUGUGUGUAGCCACAUAGUUCUUUGAAAAUGCAUUUCCCACUGGACUUCUUACUCCCUGUGCCCUGAACUCUGCUGUGUGAAAAUAAAAGAACUGCCAGUAACAAACAGGAUAAAGGAAGGGAGGGUAAUGGCUCUCCCUAAGCACAGGGAUAGCCAUGGUUUGUGAUAAAGGUAGAAGCCAAGCGCCUAUGUCGUUCUAGGUGUAUUUCUGCUUGCCCAGCAAUCUUAUUCUUCAUGCCCAGUAAGCACCCAUGGGGGUCCUGUCUUCCCCCUGUACGUUUGCCUAUUGAAAGGGGUAAGCCUCCAAGAGGGGCUUCAGUGAGCUCUAACAUUGCAGAGGAGUUAGUUCAACUAGAUAAACGCUCUUCUGGAGGAAACUGCCUCCUGGAAUUCCACUGAACACUUGAGCUGAGGGGAUGUAAACUAGGAAGCAAAAAAGGAGCCUGAAGAGAACGGGGCAAGGAAAGGACCUCAGGAUUCAGAGAUCUUUGGGUAAUAUUUGGCAGGCUCUGAUUCUGUUCUUCCAUAGGACAACGUGGGUUUCCUUGGCAACUACCAAUAAAACUCCUUAGGAAAACCAGGACUUUGCAGUUGAUUCUGGGAUUGUAGAGGGAAGAGGGGCUAGAACUGUGGGCCAUCCCAGUGCCCCAGCCAGGGCGGGUUCACACUCUCUGGGAGGUGCAGAGUUCAGCUGUGACAAUGUGAAGGAGCUGGGUUAUCCCAGGAGUCCUGAAAUAACGUCAGGCUCAGAGGAAUGGUUUCAAAUGGCGCACAGGAUCACUGCACCAUCAGGAA